AUAAAAUAACAGUCGACAACAAGCUAGCUCGCGGCAAUGAUGGCGAUAAUCAUGAGUCCAUCAGCUUUGAUAUCAUUGCUCGUUAUUUGUGGAUUAAGUAUUUGUGUCAAAUCAUCACCAAUUGUAGAAAUAAAAAAUGGAUUGCUCGAGGGAACAACAAUGCAAUCAAGAUAUGGAAGAGAAUUUUAUUCUUUUCAAGGUAUACCAUAUGCAAUUCCUCCACUUGGUAAAUUACGAUUUGAGCCACCACAACCAGCUGUUUCUUGGACUGGAAUACGUAAAUCAAUAAAUGUGCCUCCAAAGUGUACACAAAAAGAUGUAUUUACAAAUCAAAAAAUUGUUGAUGGACAAGAAGAUUGUCUAUACUUGAAUGUGUACACUCCUGAAUUAAAAAAUUCUGAUGAUAAAAAUUUACCUGUUAUGGUAUGGAUUCAUGGAGGUGCAUUUAUUUCAGGUCAAGGAUUUGCAUUUGGUCCUAAAUAUCUUCUUGAUCACAAUAUUGUUCUGGUUACGUUAAAUUACAGACUUGGAGCAAUUGGAUUUUUAAGUACUGGUGACAUGGUUUCACCUGGUAAUAUAGGAAUGAAAGAUCAAGUUCUUGCAUUGAAAUGGGUUCAAGAAAAUAUUGCAGCAUUUGGUGGUGAUCCAAAUAGUGUUACAAUAUUUGGUGAAAGUGCUGGUGGUGCUAGUGUUCAUUAUCACAUGUUAAGUCCACUGUCUAAAGGAUUAUUUCAUCGUGCGAUAUCUCAAAGUGGAAAUGCAUUAGCUCCAUGGGCUCUAUCAAAAUCAAAAAAAUCAACAAAUUAUGCAAAACGUUUGGCUGAGCAUUUGAAAUGUCCAACAAAAAAUUCAAUUGAAAUGAUCAAUUGUCUUAGAGAAAAAGAUGCAAAAGAAAUAGUUGAUGCAGAAGAUGCAUUUCAAAUAUUUCAUUGGGAUCCGGCAAUUCCAUUUAGACCUAUCAUUGAGCCUGAUCAUCCAGGUGCAUUCAUGAAAGAUGAUCCAAUUGCUUUGCUAAAAACUGGACAAGUUUCAGAUGUACCAUGGAUGAAUGGACUAACUUCACACGAAGGUGCACUCAAAGCAGCUGCAUUGUAUGAUAUUAAUAAUCAAAAAUUAGUUGAAACAUUUAAUAAAAAGUGGACAGAGCUUGCACCAGCCUCAUUAUUCAUUGACGAUCUUGUUUCUAAAAAAGAGCAGAUUAACAUAGUCAAGAAAAUUCGUGAAUUUUAUUUUAACGAUAGAGAUAUUGAUAUUUCGACAAAAUGGAAUUUAAUUGACAUGUAUUCAGACGCCUGGUUUAAUUCUGGAGCUGAUUUAGCAAAUAUUGCUCAUCUUGAAUCACUUUCAAGUCCUGUUUUUUAUUAUUACUUUAAUUAUAAAGGCUCAUUUUCAUUUUCACAAAUAUUUGGAUCAACCAGAGACGAUUUUGGAGUAUGUCAUUGUGAUGAAUUACUCUAUCUUUUUCCAUUGGGUGAUUUUAAAAAUACAUACACUAAACAAGAUUUAAAAAUGGUCGACAUAAUAACUACACUUUGGUACAAUUUCGCUAAGACUGGAAAUCCAACACCAACAAUUACAAAUAAAUUGUCAACCAAGUGGAAGCCAAUUAGAACUACAGAUAAUGAAUAUUUACUUAUUAAAAAUCCUGAGACAAUAAAAAUGUCUAAAAAUUUAAAUCCAGAAAGAACAUUAUUCUGGAAAGAUUUACUUGAUCAUAUAGAAAAUACUCAUCAAAAUAAUAUCAAAGAAGAAUAUUUGUUAAAUAUAACAAUAUUAGAAUAUAUCAUAAUGGGUACAAAGUUUGCGGUGACUCUUUUUUUUAUUGCAAGCGGUUUGUGUUUUUUAUUCACUGUAGCAUCAUCACCACCAAUUGUAAACAUUAAAAAUGGUACAAUUGAAGGCACAGAAAUUACAACCGACAGUGGAAGAAAUAUAUUUUCAUUUCAAGGUAUUCCAUAUGCACUUCCACCAAUUGGAAAAUUACGUUUUGAGGUACCACAACCAGCUAAUGCAUGGACAAAUGUCCUUAUCGCAAAUAAAGAUGCAGAAGUAUGUAUUCAACGUGAUUUUAUAUUGAGCAGAGAUAUUAUUGGUUCAGAAAAUUGUCUUUAUCUAAAUGUUUACACUCCAAAAUUGCCGAAUUCACAAAAUCAAGAUGUUGAUGAAAAAUAUCCAGUUAUGUUUUGGAUACAUGGAGGAGCAUUUAUUCAGGGAUCAAGCGAUUCAAAUAUUUAUGGACCUGGUUAUCUUCUUGACUACAAUACUGUACUUGUUACCAUCAAUUACAGACUUGGACCAAUGGGUUUUUUAAGUACCGAAGAUACAAUUUUACCUGGUAAUUUAGGAAUGAAAGACCAAGUCCAAGCAUUGAGAUGGGUCAAUGAGAAUAUUGAUAAAUUUGGUGGUGAUCCAAAUUGUGUCACAAUAUUUGGUGAAAGUGCUGGUGGAGUUUCUACUCAUUAUCACAUGAUAAGUCCUCUUUCUAAAGGACUAUUUCAUCGAGCAAUAUCACAAAGUGGAACAAUUCAUUCUUCAUGGACAUUAUAUAGACCUGGAUCGGCAAAAAAACAUGCUAAACGUUUAGGUGAAAUGAUGAAUUGUCCAACUAAUAAUUCAGUGGAGUUUGUUGAUUGCAUGCGUAACAUUGAUGCAAAAAACAUUAUUGAAACUGAUGAUAAUUUUAAGGUUCUCGGAAUCGAUCCUUUGAUCACAUUUAAACUAUCAAUUGAGCCUGAUCAUUCAGGUGCUUUUUUAACAAAAGAACCAACUGAAUUAAUUGAAAAAGGUCAAAUAAAUGAUGUUCCUUGGUUAACUGGAUUGAAUUCUCACGAAGGUUCACUCAGAGUAAUGACUUUAUUUAGCAAUGAUGAAAGGGACUCGUUAACUAAGCUCAAUGAAAAAUGGACAAAGUAUGCACCAGUGUCUUUGACAAUUGAUGAUAGUUGUCCCGAAAAUCUUCAAGACAAAGUAACAAAUAAAAUUCGUAAAUUUUAUUUUGGCGAUGAGGAUAUUACUCGAUCAACAAAAACAGAGUUAAUAAAUAUGUAUUCCGAUGCAUGGUUUAAUGUUGGAACUUGUGAAUCAGUUAAAACUCAUUAUAAAAAAUUUUCAAGUCCAGUAUAUUUUUAUCAUUUUGCAUACAGAGGAAGAUACUCUGUCUCAAAUGUAUAUGAUAUUUUUGGAGAAUAUGGAGUUAGUCAUGCAGAUGAACUUCAAUAUUUAUUUUCAUUUAAUAUAAGAUUUUUUUUUGAUCUUAUAAAACUUCCUGUAGCCACUGAAGAUUUAAAUGUUGCUCAUUUUAUGACAAAUUUGUGGUAUAACUUUGCAAAAACUGGAAAUCCUACACCAGAAAUAACAGAAAAAAUACCAGUUAAAUGGCUACCAGUACAAAGUGAAGAACUUGAAUAUUUUGAUAUUAAAAGUUCAACAAGUUUCGAAAUGUUAAAAAAUUUUCAAAGUGAUAGAAUUGCAUUUUGGAAUAGCAUUCCUCAUCGUGCAAAUAUUGUUCCAUUUUUAAAUGAUGCCAAAGAUGAAUUAAAUAAAAUAACAAGUGAAAUGUUGUUAGUAAUAAAAUAUUUAACUAUCACAUGUUUGUGUUGUUGUAUGCAUGUGUUGGCAUCACCAAGAGUAACGAUUAAAAAUGGAACACUCCAAGGAUCAAUAAUAACAACAAGAAAUGGAAGACAAAUAUUUGCCUUUCAAGGUAUACCAUAUGCACGUCCACCAAUUGGUGAUUUACGUUUUGAGCUACCACAACCAGCUGAUUCAUGGAAAGAUGUAUAUAUUGCUCAAAAAGAUGCAGACAUUUGUGUUCAAAAAGACAUUUUUGAUAAUGGAAAAAUGAGUGGAUCAGAGGACUGUCUUUAUAUAAAUGUGUAUACUCCAAAAUUGAUGAUCGAUAAAAAUGAAAAUGAACUUUACCCAGUGAUGGUCUGGUACCAUGGUGGCGGAUUUUACUGUGGCUCUGGUUACUCAAAACUUUAUGGUCCAAAAUAUCUUCUUGAUCAUAAUGUUGUCCUGGUCACUGUAAACUACAGAUUAGGACCAUUGGGUUUUCUCAGUACUGAAGAUAUGAUACUACCUGGUAAUUUAGGAUUGAAAGAUCAAGUACAAGCAUUAAGAUGGGUCAAUGAAAAUAUUGCAGCAUUUGGUGGUGAUCCAAAUAGUGUUACAAUAUUUGGAGAAAGUGCUGGUGGUGCUAGUGCUCAUUAUCACAUGAUAAGUCCUAUGUCAAAAGGACUUUUUCAUCGUGCAAUAUCACAAAGUGGAACUAUUCAUUGUCCAUGGGCUUUACAUCAACCAGGUCAAGCCAAAGAAAAAGCUAUACGUUUAGGUAGCUUGUUAAAUUGUCCAACAACCAAUUCAAUUGAACUUGUUAAUUGUUUAAGAAAAAUAAAUGCAAUUGAUAUUAUUGAAAUGCAAGAAAAAAUGUCAAUAUGGUCAAUUGAUCCAGUCAUUCCAUUUAGACCAGUUAUUGAGCCAAAUCAUCCAAGUGCAUUUUUAAAAGAGGAUCCAAAUGAGUCAUUGGAAAAUGGAAAUAUCAAUGAUGUACCUUGGCUUACUGGAAUUAAUGCACACGAAGGUGCAAUAAGAGCUAUACAUUAUUUUCAUAAUAAUAAAAAAGAUUUUAUUUCUGAAUUAAAUGAAAAAUGGUCUGAACUUGCACCAAUGAUUUUACUCUAUGAACAUACUUGUCCAAAAAAUUUACAAGCCAAAGUAACAAGUAAAAUUCGUGAAUUUUAUUUUGGUAAUAAAAUUAUCAAUGAAAAUUCUAAAUCUGAUUUGAUAAAUAUGUAUACUGAUGGUUGGUUUGGAGUACCAGCUUCCAGAUCUAUCAAGACACAUCUUAAAAAAUUUUCUAAUCCUGUUUAUUUUUAUUAUUUUUCAUACAAAGGAAGGUACUCUGUAUCAAAUAUAUAUACUUUAUUUCAAGAUUAUGGAGUCUGUCAUGGUGAUGAACUUCAGUAUAUAUUUCCAAUUGAUAUAAAAUUUUUCUUUGAAUUAUUUGGAUUACCAAUAAGCACAGAAGAUAAUAAUAUGAUUGAUAUUAUGACUCAGCUAUGGUACAACUUUGCAAAAACUGGAAAUCCAACACCUGAUGUUACAAAGGAAAAUCCAGUAAAAUGGCUAUCAGUACAAACUGAUAAAUUAGAGUAUCUUGAAAUUAAAAAUUCAAUGGAUAUAAAAAUGUCAGAAAAUCUUAAUAAAGAAAGAAUGACAUUCUGGGAUAACACAUUGUAUCAAAUGAAUUUUAAUCAAUCCUAUGAUCACAUAGACUCUGAAGAUAUCAAAGAUGAAUUAUAAAUUAUAAUUUAUAAUGCAUAUUUAUAUAUAUUUUUUUACAUUUUAAUUUAUGUACCUAAUUGUAUUC